AUGUCGGCCUCUGCACGUCUCACAACAAACCUCUGCCGGAGGGCCGCGGCAGCCCCCUCACCACUGCCAACAGCCCAGUUCCAGAAGGCACGCGAUAUCAGGAGCCUGUCUUCGGCUGCUACUGGCCGGUUACGGCGUCCUGGCGUCCGCGCGACAUACGGCAGCUCCCUUGCUGCGCAAACGACUCGGAGGUGUCUGUCAACUACCUCAGCCCGUCUAUACGCCAAAGCCGACGACUCGUUCGACCCAGCCAGCAUUGACCGCGAGAGCGACGAGGUGGAUGUCUGCAUUAUCGGCGGCGGCCCCGCCGGCCUCUCGGCUGCCAUCCGUCUGAAGCAGCUGGCCAACGAGGCGGGCAACGAGGACUUCCGGGUGCUGCUGCUCGAGAAGGCCGGGGAGCUCGGCGCGCAUGUCCUCUCAGGCGCCGUGGUCCAGCCGACUGCGAUCAACGAGCUCAUCCCGGAUUGGCUUGACGAGGCGAACGAGAACCGUUUCACCGGCGCGACGCCCGCGACUAAGGAUCGCAUGCGCUUCCUCACCGAGAAGUCGUCGAUCCCCUUGCCGAAACCGCCGCAGAUGAGCAACCAUGGGAACUACAUCCUCAGUCUGAACGAAUUCACAAAAUGGCUUGGCGAGCGCGCCGAGGAGGUCGGCGUCGAGGUAUACCCCGGGUUCGCUGCUAGCGAGGUGCUGUUCGGGCCGGACGGAAGUGUUAAGGGCGUGGCAACGAACGACCUGGGCAUCGCACGCAGCGGGAAACCCAAGGAUACGUUCGAACGGGGCAUGGAGUUCCACGCGCGCGUCACGCUCUUCGGUGAGGGUUGCCACGGGAGCCUGAGCAAGCAGGUCAUCAAGAAGUUCGAGCUGCGCCGCGAGAGCCAGCACCAGACGUAUGCGCUGGGAGUCAAGGAGGUGUGGGAGGUGCAGCCGGAGAAGUUCAGGAAGGGCGAGGUCACCCACUCGAUGGGCUUUCCGCUCUCCUACGACACAUACGGCGGCGCAUGGAUGUACCACUUUGGCGACAACCUUGUCAGCAUCGGCCACGUCGUCGCGCUCGACUACUCCAACCCGUGGCUGUCUCCCUACGGCGAGUUCCAAAAGCUGAAGCAGCACCCGCUGUACCGCGAGGUACUCGAAGGUGGCAAGUGCAUCUCGUACGGCGCGCGCGCCCUCAUCGAGGGCGGCUUCCAGUCGAUCCCCAAGGUCGCCUUCCCCGGCGGCGCGCUAAUCGGCGACUCAGCCGGGUUUGUGAACGUACCCAAGAUCAAGGGCACGCACAGCGCCAUGAAGUCGGGCAUGCUCGCCGCGGAGGCGGCCUGGAACGCGCUGCGGGAGAGCAGCGACGCCGGCGCCGUCUUCCUGUACGAGUACGAGGAGUCCCUCCGCAAGUCGUCCGUCUGGAAGGAGCUCAAGGAGGUGCGCAACAUGCGGCCGUCCUUCCACACCCCGCUCGGCCUGUACGGCGGCAUGCUGUACUCGGGCCUCGAGGCCUUCGUGCUCAAGGGCCGCGUGCCCUGGACGCUGCGCCACGGCACCCCCGACCACGCCGCCACCAAGAAGGCCGACGACUGUCCCAAGAUCGAGUACCCCAAGCCCGACGGCAAGCUCACCUUCGACAUCCUCACCAGCGUCUCGCGCACCGGCACCAACCACGAGGAGGACCAGCCCGUGCACCUGCAGGUCAAGGACUGGGACAAGCACACCGCCGAGACCUGGCCCGCCUUCAAGGGCGUCGAGAACAGGUUCUGCCCGGCGGGCGUGUAUGAGUACGUCGAGGACGCGUCCAAGCCGGAGGGCGUGCGCUUCCAGAUCAACGCGCAAAACUGCAUCCACUGCAAGACGUGCGACAUCAAGGCACCUAACCAGGACAUCAACUGGCAGGUCCCCCAGGGCGGCGAGGGUCCGAAAUAUUACAUGACCUGA